GGGCACAAAAAAAUUCAGAUGGACAAAAAGACAUACACGGUUACUUUUAAACCGUGGAUGACAGAGCAGGAGAUCUAUGAGUGGAAUGAAUCCCUGAAGUACAAGUACUUCUGGGUCAGAGUGCUCCAUGUGCCAAUUUCAGUUUUGCCCCACGUUAAAGGAGCAGUUUAUAAAGCAUUUGGUAAGAUCUUGAAAACUGCCCCUGUGUUUGGUGACCCCAUUGCCCCGGAUCUAUGGACAAUCAGGUUCGAUUUAGUUCCCUCCGCAAGGGUGAACUACAAGCAGAACAUGAUAAUAGAACUGGGAAACGAUGGAUACGUGGAUUUGGAAGUCGCAGGUGCCGACUCACUUUGGUGCAAAAAUUGCCGCAGCUACUUUCACGACGAGUCAGACCCCAAUUGUGCGGCAAACGUACGAAUGGGGACGGCAGUAUCACAGAAAGAUACUUACAAAGACGCUGUUCUGCAGGAGAAGGAUAAAGGGAAAGAUGAGGGGAAGGCAAAGGUGGGAGAAAGGGAGAAGGAGGAGAGGGAGGAUGGGGAGAAGAGAGAAAAGGACCAAUUCUCCAAACAGAAAGAAGACGACAGCCAGGGAAAAGGGAAAAGAUCAAAGCAAUUGAAAGAAAGAGGGACCCGGCGGGCAAGAUGGAGAGUUAAAGGGAGGUCGCGAAAAGAGGCAGCGACGGGAGAUGGGAAGGGGAAAAAAGGAGAUCAACAAGCAGCAGGGGCCAAAGGGGACGGGGAGAAGGAUCCAAAGAGGACAGAGGGAAGCCAGAAGGAAAGAGAGCGGGAGGGAGAGGGGAAUCAGGAUGAGGGAAAAUUACAGGAGAAAGAGAUGAUGCAGGGGGUUGAAUACCGCCUGAAGAAGUCUAUCACGGUCGUGGAGGUUGUGGCCGCCGGUACAGAGGCCUCCAAACUGAUUACUCAGGGGCGACAGGCUCUAGACCAGUUUGCUUUAAAGCAACUGGAAGAGAUUAUGGAAGCUACUCGCAAGAAGGGGGAAGUAAAAACAGAAGUAAGUGAAGAAUCGAUUGAUUCCAAUAUCCAGAAGCUAAGAGAGGCCUUGGCUGCGGAAGAAAGAAAGAAAGAAGAAGUAUCUCGAAGAAGAGAACAGGAACAAAGAAGAGGACAAAGAGUUAAAGAGAUCAGACAAGUAAUAGGAACAGAAGUAAGCGAACAGACUGACAUGUCACAAACGUUAGCUCACAUUGUGACAUAUCUUACCUUUCUUGAGGAGAAGAUUGAUAGACAGCAAAAUCAGUUGGAUGAAAUCACUGUUGGAUUGAGAACAAUUGCUAAUAUUGUGAAAGGUAAGAACCAGAUUCAAGGAGGAGAAGAACAAGAAGAGAAGAAGGAGAAGAAAGAAGUAAAGAAGUUGAUGGGGGAGGCAAUGAAGUCUGCUGGUCCUAUGAUAAAGACAAAUGGAAAUGGAAAUGGAUCCAAUAGAAAUGGAUCCAACGGAAAUGGAUCAAGUCCACCAUUUACUCCUCAUUCUUCUAAGUCUACUCCUAAAGAAACCCCAGAAAAGAUAAGCGUUGAACUCGAAAAACCGAAGAAGAAAGAAAAGGUGAAGAUGAAGUUGCCAUUUACGUUUUGCAAUAAGAAAGAAGAAAGUCUGUURCUAUGGAUUGCAGAAAUCCAGACGUAUGUGAGUACGGCACCGAUCGAGCCGGAGUCCCAAGUCGCGUUCACCACUUCUUGCAUGGGUGGUGAGGCCAAGCAAUGGGUGUUGGCCGAGGCCAAUGCGGCGGGUUUCGAAGAUAUCGGUGAGUGGGCAAAGACACUGACGCUGAAACAGUUCUUGGCGAAAACCAGGGACCGUUUCCUCGACAAGACGACGACCGACAAGGCCUUUGACCAGUUGACGUCAAUUGGUCAAAAGCAUUGGACGUCAGUUGAGGCUUUGUCCCGAGAAGUUGAUCGAUUGUUGCAAGUUCCAGGAUUGAACCUGCAGGACAGCCAAGUGUUGUACAUCUAUUCCCGCGCGUUGCCUGAGCCCAUCCGGGGACACUUAGUCAUUGAAGCGAAAUCCGGUAAGUACAACUACAGGCAAUUUCGUGACCUUGCCCUGCAAAGGGAACAGAUAACUUCUCAAGUCAAGAAUUCCUAUGCAGCGGUAGUUAAAUCUGGAGGAGGAUGACAGUACAAUGGGAAACGAGUUAUCUGGCGACAGAAGCGCCAGGACCACACCCUUGUCGCCUUUGAUGACGACACAGUGGAAAAGUGGCCAAACGAGGAGAAUAAUAACAACAGUGACUCCGGGAAGGGGCAAGUCACUGCUGUUGUGGCCAAUUAGGGAGGACCACCCAGGACAGGAGGGAAGAAACAAAGAGCGUUUCCAUGG